AUGUCAAACUUCAAUGCACUUACAACCAUCCUAUUCUAUUCACCCAUCAUUGGACCCAUACAUGUAUGGAACACGGUGCUUAAGACUUGUGGGACUUGUGAAGAGCUGUGCUCACUCCGCACAAGCUCCACCAACAAUGGGAAGAAAGUUGGUGCAUACCUCUUGAAUGAAUCUCUUUUCAGUUCCCUCAGUGCCUUCAGCACUGCAACCACUAGUGGAGAUCUUGCUGCUGCUUCUUCCUUCGAUGUUGCUCCCAUGGGUAGAAUCCAGUUUUUAGGCUGCCUGGGCCAUACAACGGCUUGGAUCCCAAUGGCCAGAAACUGGGGACAGAACUGGCACUCCUCUCUUGAUCUCAUCGGACAGUCUCUCUCUUUCGAGGUUACUCUCAGAGGCGGCAAAACCAUUGCCUCUUAUGAUGUGGCUCCUCCUUAUUGGCGCUUUGGAAUGACAUACCAAGGAAAGCAGUUCCACUCCUGA